AUGCUCGCCGCGACCUCGUCGAUCUCUUCCGCCGCGCGCGUCGCGCCGUCGCUCGCGACGACGCCGAAGCGGCGCGUCGCGCGCUCGACGCGCGUCGCCGCCGCGGCGCCGCGCGCGUCCGCCUCGUCGUCCUCGUCGUCGUCGUCGUCGUCGUCGUCGUCGGCCGACCGGCUCGCGUCCGCGGGCGUCGCCGCGCUCGCCGCCGCCGCCGUCGCGCUCGCGACGGGCCCGGCGCUCCCCGCGUCCGCGCGCCUCGAGGGCGUGAACAACCCGCAGAUGCUCCCGCCGGGGCCGCCCGUGGAGGUUCUCGACGUCGCGGGCUACCUCACCCCGGGCGAGAUCAAGCGACUGACGGGCGAGGUGAAAAAUCUCGAGCGCGACACCGGGAUGAAGCUCCGCGUCCUCGCGCAGGCGUACCCCAACACCCCAGGGCUCGCGGUCAAAGACUACUGGAGCGUGGACGACGACACCGUCGUGUUCGUCGCGGACCCGGGCCUGGGGAACAUCCUGAACUUCUCCGUGGGCGCGUUCUAUCUCACACUGGUUCCCAUACGCGCCAACGUGGAUCUUGAUGUGCCUCCCAACUUUUGGACGCGUCUCGCGGGCAAGUACGGGACGAAGUCGUACUGGCAGGACAACGGCGAGGAGGCGUCGAUCGCGAACGCAGUGAGCGCGAUCGACACGUGCUUCCGCGAGGAGCCCGGGCGGUUCAAGUGCGCGAAGAUUCAGGCGCGUUCUACGUAUCUCACGCCGGUCCCCGUACGACCGCGGCGGCGAUGUGAACGCCGAUCCUUAAGGACUUUACCCGCGCGCGUUUCUCCUCCCACCCCACGGUUUCAAUCCCGACGCACACACCUCGACGCCUUUCAACUCCGCUUCUGACGCCUUUCAACUCCACCCCGACGUUCGCCCGAAAAGAGCCCGCCAUCUCGAUGAAG